GUCAAUUUCAUUAUCUUUCACAUCUUCGAAUUUGUAUUUUUUUUAGCACCUUAUGGAUUGCAUCAUCAUGUUAACAUCAUUUGUAUGAUUGGAUGAAAACCAAUUACCCGAUCUCAUCCUUUGUUUAUACUCGAACCAAACAUGUCCUUUGGGUUUUCCAAAUCAUUCAAUGUAGAAUAUAAUCUCUCUUUACAAAUAAGUAAAACAUCCCAUAUUUGUAGCCUUAUCAUAGCUAUGCAUUGGGCAUUAGGCAUUAGGCCAAGUAGUAUUUUGCCUAACUUGUUUUUCAAACAGAAUAAACUACUUGACAUUCCACCAGAGGUGGAACCACAAACUAACCAAAGAAGUGGAAAGCAAUGCAACAUACCAUUUUUGGACCGGAGUCAUUGGAACAUAGCAUACAUAGAUUUUCAUUUGUUUAUUCAAUUGAGCUUGGCUUUGUACACACAGAAAAAGGGGAACUACUGGUUGAUUUUAAAUAGUCCCCUCAAAUCACUGAAAAAAUGUGAAUUUUAAAUCGUUCAAUUUCAAGGGUCACAACUCUCUAUUUGUUAUACUGAUAGUAGUAACUCUCGAACCUUUGAUUGCCUUCGCUCGUUCCCCCAUGAUACCACACUAACAAUUCACCACUAAAGUGCUGGACAACAAUAACAUUGGCUAAGGAAAUAAUUUUCCAACUUAUCCCAUCAAAAAGAAAAAAAUAAAAACAAAUUCA